AUGCCGGGCAACGAAUUCGACGAUGUGCUCACCAACCAGCCCGUGGUGAUCGACAACGGCUCGGGCUCCAUCAAGGCGGGCUUUGCAGGCCAAGAUGCGCCCAAAUGCUUCUUCCCCAGCUUCGUCGGUCGGCCCAAGCAUCCGCGCGUCAUGGCCGGCGCCAUCGAAGGCGACCUCUUCAUCGGACGCAAGGCCCAAGAGCUGCGCGGUCUGCUCAAGAUCAAGUAUCCCAUGGAACACGGCAUCGUCACCGACUGGGAGGACAUGGAGCGCAUCUGGAACCACGUAUACAGCGACGAACUCGAGACGCUGUCGGAAGAGCAUCCCGUGCUGCUCACAGAAGCGCCGCUCAAUCCGCGCAGCAACCGCGACAUGGCAGCGCAGAUCUUCUUCGAGACGUUCAACGUGCCCGCGCUCUUUACGAGCAUCCAGGCGGUGCUCAGUCUCUACUCGUCAGGGCGCACCACGGGAAUCGUGUUGGACUCGGGCGAUGGCGUCACACAUGCGGUCCCCGUGUACGAAGGAUUCUCCAUGCCCAAUGCGAUUCGUCGCGUGGAUGUGGCGGGGCGAGAUGUGACCGAGAACCUACAGACGCAUCUGCGCAAGGCCGGAUACCACCUGCACACCUCGGCGGAGAAGGAGCUGGUGCGCGUGAUCAAGGAGAAGUGCUGCUACGUCGCGCUCAACCCGUCCAAGGAGGAAAAGGACAUCAAGGAGCAUGAAGAGUUCAAGCUGCCGGAUGGCAAUACGCUGCGCCUGGGUGCGGAGCGGUUCCGUGCGCCCGAGAUCCUCUUCAACCCGGAGCUGGUGGGACAGGAGUUCCCCGGUGUGCACCAGGUGGUCGUCGACUCGAUCGGUAGGACUGACCUGGAUCUGCGCAAGAACCUCUUUGCCAACAUCGUGCUAUCGGGUGGAACGACGCUGACGAAAGGGUUCGGCGAUAGGAUGCUGGCCGAGGUCAAGAGGUUGGCGGUGCGCGAGAUGAAGAUCAAGAUCUUUGCCCCGCCCGAGCGCAAGUACGCGACGUGGAUCGGUGGCAGUAUCUUGGCGGGCCUCAGCACGUUCAAACGCAUGUGGGUCAGUGCAGAGGAGUACAACGAAGACCCAGAUAUCAUUCACAAAAAGACGUUUUGA